GUUGUCAAAGUGACAUUUGGUUUCGUGGGUAUUUCAAAGUGAGAUGAACAUGAGGUUAUGUGUUUGCAUGUGAUUUAAGUAAAAAUAAAAGUAUUGACGAACAUUAUAAUUAACUACUAAAAUGGCGAGUAAAGUGCAUAAAGUUCGUUAUUAUAACCCAAAACCUCAGCCAAUAAAUUGUAUUUCAUACAAUAAAACGAAUAAACAAAUCGCAGUUGCAAGAGGCGACGCUUCUAUCGAGAUAUGGGACCUGAAGCACGCACCGUACCUUAUAAAGUUUAUUCCCGGUGUCGACAAAGGUUCUGUAGAAGCACUCGGGUGGGUGAAGGAUCGAUUGCUGUCGACAGGUCUCGGAGGGGCUUUGAUUGAAUGGAACCUCGACACCCUAACUCUGAAAACAACAGUUUUACUUACGGGUUAUGCUGCAUGGUGCCUUGAUGUGAACUCUGAUAACACUUUAGUUGCAAUUGGUACUGAACAAGGAUAUGUAAACUUGUUUAGUGUCGAGCAUGAUCAAAUCAUAUACAAGAAGCUAUUUGAUAAGCAGGAAGGCAGGAUAUUGUGUUGUAAAUUCAAUAAAGAAGGAAAUAUACUUGUAACAGGUUCUAUAAACACCAUAAGGGUUUGGAAUGCUGAGACAGGUCAUGCUAUAACACGGAUGUGUGUACUGCGGAAGAAGAAGCAGAUUAUUGUGUGGUGUCUGGCAAUUCUGUCAGAUAACACUGUUGUUUCUGGUGACAGUCAAGGCAAACUAAUAUUUUGGGACAGUAAAAUUGGUGAUCAGAUUGAAUCAUAUUCAACGCAUAAAGCUGAUGUAUUGUCAAUAGCAGUAUCUGAUGAUGAAAAAAGUAUAUUCUGUAGUGGAGUGGACCCUGUCAUAAUGAACUUUAUAAAAGUGAACAAAAGCACAGAAAAACAGACUGAGGCCCAUUGGGUGAAGAAUGUACAGAGAAAUAUACAUGAACAUGAUGUUAGAGGACUUGUUGUGGAUGGUGAUAAACUCAUCUCAGUGGGGGUUGAUGGCUAUCUGACAUUUUCGAGUUAUCCACCUAAGUGGGUGAUGAGAUUACCCCCUAUGAUACCAGGCCCAAGGUCUUCUAUUAGCAGGCGAAAGAAACUACUACUAUUAAGGUAUAGCAACCACUUAGAGGUAUGGAAGCUAGGUUCAUAUGCAACAAAUAAUGAUGGUAAUGUGUUGAUUACAAAUGUAAUUACAACACAAGAUGUUACUUGCACAGAAAAUAAGGCAAUAGAAGAAGAUUCAACAAUUGAUGUUAUAAAUAGGACUAAUGCAGAAAACACGCACAAGCAAAGUUUAAAACUGACAGAAAAGCCAGUUAAGUUAGCCUCUAUACAAACUAAAGGAAAGAAACAGUUAAGGUGCUGUGAGCUGUCACCAAGCGGAGAAAUUGUUGUGUAUGCAACAGCUACUGAUGUCAGAAUGCUUAAAUUGGAAACUGAUGAAGAUCAGUCUAACAUAUCACUAUCUAAAGUAUCGAUAAGUGGUAUUCCGAAAGCUGGUUGUGACCGCGUAGCUUUCACUGAAGACUCUUCUAUACUGGUAGCUCACUGCGAAGGAAUCCUUCACGUGUUACAAGUCGAUCCCGAAGCUGGCGCCACACCCGUGCAAGUUAUCUCUUUGGAUAAAUAUUUAAAAUCAAAGUCAAUAUUACAUCUUCACGUUUCGCCAAAGAGCCCGACGGGCGUAACUUAUUUGGUGGUCGCCGAUACUCAAAGCAACGUGGCGGUUUGGACGCAAAGCAAUAAGAAGUUUGAGUUCCAUGUAAGCCUACCUACGUACCACUGUGUACCAUCGGCUUUGACAGUCGACGCUCUGCGGGAAAACCUCAUCAUAGCGUACGUCGAUCAAAAGUUAGUAGAGUACGAGCUGCGUGAACGUCGCUUCUCCCCGUGGCCGGGCGGCGCGCUGCCGGCGGGCUGGGGCUCGCGGCGGGCGGCGGCCCGCGCGCUGCUGCCGCACCCCGCCAGGCACGCGCUCGUCUGCCAGGACGACACCUCGCUCUGGGUCUUGGAGAACACCAACAAGGAGCCAUUUGAACCAGCUGCGAAACGAAAGUCCAUGUCUGAGAGUAAAAACAUCGCAUUUAAAAUCAUCCCGAUCAAAUAUUUGGCUGACUUCCACUGGCUCGAUAAGGAUGAAGCUGUCACAAUAGAGAUUCUGCCUGAAAGUAUAGUCGCCCAGUUACCACCUAUUGCAGCAACUAAAAGACAUGGAUAAAAUAAAACAUAUUUUAAAACAUUA